UUCUUUUAGUCAUGAGUGGGUGUGUGAAGCUUGCGAAGUGUUGUCUUUUCCUCUCAUUCGUUGCGACGUUUUAUUAGAGUUGCAAGAUGGCGACGGUGCAUCUGAGAAUCGGGGACCUAGUGUGGGGGAAACUUGGCCGAUAUCCACCAUGGCCAGGAAAGAUUGUAAGCCCACCCAAGGAUCUAAAAAAACCGAGGGGCAAAAAAUGCCAUUUUGUGAAAUUCUUUGGAACUGAAGACCAUGCUUGGAUCAAAGUGGAACAACUAAAGCCUUAUCAUGCUCACAAAGAGGAGAUGAUCAAGAUAAAUAAAGGCAAGCGCUUCCAGCAGGCAGUUGAUGCAGUCGAAGACUUUCUUAAAAAAUCAAAGGGGAAAGAACAGAACUCUGAAGGUAAAGGAGACUCCAAAGGAAAGAAGACUCCUAAAAAACCACUAAAAAUACUGGAUGAGGAUGAUGAGGAUCUCAGUGCCUUGAGGGACCCCUCUGAGAAGGACUUAACUGACUCUGACCCCGAGCCGUCCACUAUUGAGAGGCUGGGGGCUGCACCUGGAUUCAAAUGGGAAAGCAGUCCUGUUAAGGAUGACCCACAUUUUCAUCACUUCUUGCUUAGCCAGUCUGAGAAGCCUGCCUCGUCCAUGGAACCGAUAAGCAAGCGCUUAAAAAUUAUUGAAGAGGACACAGCAUCAACAUCCAUUCAAGCUGCAGACAGCACGGCCAUUAAUGGCAGCAUCACACCCACAGAUAAAAGGAUAGGGUUCCUUGGUCUGGGGCUGAUGGGUAGCGGUAUAGUUUCCAACCUGUUGAAAAUGGGCCAUGUUGUCACAGUCUGGAACCGCACAGCAGAAAAGUGUGACCUGUUCAUCCAAGAAGGUGCCAGGUUGGGUCGGACUCCUGCAGAAGUGGCUUCAAUGUGUGACAUUACAUUUUCUUGUGUUUCUGACCCAAAAGCUGCCAGAGAUUUGGUUUUGGGUCCCAGUGGAGUGCUGCAAGGAAUCAGGCCGGGGAAGUGUUAUGUCGAGAUCAGUACUGUUGAUCCAGAGACCAUUACAGAACUCUCACAGGUCAUCACCUCAAGGGGUGGACGUUUCCUGGAGGCACCAGUGGCAGGAAGUCAGCAGCUCUCUAAUGACGGGAUGUUGGUCAUCUUGGCAGCCGGUGACCGAACAGUUUAUGAGGAUUGCAGCAGCUGCUUUCAGGCCAUGGGCAAGACUUCCUUCUUCUUGGGUGAAGCAGGGAACGCAGCAAGAAUGAUGCUCAUCCUCAACAUGGUGCAGGGCAGCUUCAUGGCCACCAUUGCAGAAGGACUCACUCUGGCUCAGGCUACUGGCCAAUCACAACAGACCUUUCUGGACAUCCUAUGCCAGGGCCAGAUGGCGAGCACCUUUGUGGACCAGAAAUGCCAAAAUAUUCUACAAGGCAACUUUAAGCCGGACUACUAUUUGAAGCACAUUCAGAAAGAUUUAAGGCUAGCCAUCUCCAUGGGUGAUAUGGCCAACCAUCCAACCCCGAUGGCUGCAGCUGCCAAUGAGGUGUACAAGAGGGCCAAGGCACUGGACCAGUCAGACAAUGAUAUUUCUGCAGUCUACAGAGCCUACAUUCAUUAGAUCGAGGUGUGAUUUAACUGUCUGGACCACACAGUCGUUAAGCCCUCAUUAUUCCCACCUCUUGAUGUAACAAGUUUUAUAUUUUUAAUUCUUCUUUUUUUUCAUGCAGUUAUUCCAUUUUUGCACCUGCUUGGUUAUAUGCCCACUACUGAUGGGAUUGCAAUUUCUUCAUUGUAGGAAACAUUGAACAUUGCACUGACUUAAUGAAGGGGAAGAUGUGUGAUUACUGCUCUAAACAAGGUUUUACUACUGCAAAUGGAGGCAUCUUAUCAGACUAGUGGUAAAAGUAAUGUAGGUUGUUUUGUGAGGGCAAGAUUGUGGAGUCCAGACCCAUUGAAGAGCAGGUUGUCCAGUCCCAGCCACAUGGAUUGCUGUCAGGUUCUGAAUGCGUAACCCCAAAUAUUUUUUUAUGUGCAAAUGAGCUAAUUUAAAUUUGUCUACACUUCUACUCCUUUCUUUAAAUAUCUAAAAUUCCAAGAGGGAAAUACAGAGAACAUGCCACUGCAUUGCCUUAAUAUAGUACUCCCUCAAAUCUUUAAGUGAAUUUAUUUAUUUGUGAGGUCUUCUGUGCAGUUCGCUCUUGGCAUAUUUCUGCAUUUGACAAAGGCAAUUGCAGCUUUUAAAUGGGGGUUUAUUGUAUUUCCUGACCACAAUAAGGACAGCAGCCUUAAAAUGCAGUAAGAAUUAGAUGUUCUCAUUAAGAUGUGAGAUUUCCACAUUCGCUUAAUUUUUUAGUUCUCAUUUAUUUGUCUUUUUAAUAUAUAUAUAUAUAUAUAUAUAUAUAUAUAUAUAUAUAUAAUCCUGGCGCAAGGGGAAUCCACGUUUGAGUUAUAUUUUAACUGAGUUAAAUGAGAUGGCCCCAUUGUCAGUCAGGCAUGUUAUUUUUAUUUUUUUUCUCUUCUCGCUCCAUUUAUUUUCGGGGGGGUAGUAUGGUCUGUGUUCUGCAAGGCAACAUUGGACCUUGCUCAAAUUGGAAAAAUGAAAGGAAAACCUUAGGAAUUAGUUUAGUAUGGCUGAGAAAUGUGUAAGUGACUGAAAGCUGAAGAAUAAAUGGAGAAUUCUCAGCAUCCAAUUUUUGUUAUAUAACGUCAUUGUUUAGUCACUGGCACCCUACGCAAAGCACACACAUUGCUGAAGCUCACUAGUUUAGUACAUUUUGUUAUUUUGCAGAUCAGGGCCUAGAACCAGGCACUUAGGUAAUGGUUAACUAUAGUGUGGGUUACUGCUAAUGAUAUGAGAAACAAAAGGACAGAUGGAGUGCUAGAUAUUUCACGACAGUUAAAUAAUCACACACAAAUCAGAGAUGGCAGAAAGACUUAAUCAGAAUAGCUUAAUGAAUUGCUUUCUUGCAGGAAAAACAUUGUUAUAAAAUGCCUUUUUUAUGAAUUUGGUUUAGCUGUGAAUGUCAAAACAGAAUUGAGGCGCAUGCUUAACAGUCCAUCAUAUCAUUCAGUAAGUUUUCAACUAUCGAGGGUUUUACAUUUUAGUUCCCCCACACAGUUUGAAGAAGUUUAAAAACAAAACAAAAAAACAAACAAAAAAAAACCACAAUGUAAAUAGCACCAUGAGUUUGACUACAAAAUAUUUUAUAUCUUCAAGUAUUGGCAUAAACUAUUUUGACCCUUCAAAGCAA